CCGUCAAUUAAAUAUGCCCGGGCGGAAAUGUGAUGAAACCUUUAUGUAAGUCACUUGACGACUUUUGCAAACGUCGAAGGACUGAUUAGACAAAUCAUGGCUUCAGCUCCGUCUCCAGCCGCUCACAAUCGCAGCAGAAGUGAAGAUGAGGAUGAUCCAGUGGAUCAGAUGAUCUCCAGGACCGGCUGUGCUGAGCUGCACCACGCUCUGCAGGACUGCAUGGCUGAGCAUCAGGACUGGAGGAAAUGUCAGACUGUAGUUCAGAAGUUUAAAGAGUGCAUGGCCACCUACCAAAACACUCGCAAAGAGCAACUUCUCAAACAAAGUACUUAAACCACACAAUCUGCCUAAUGCACAAGACUUGACAGUUCAGAAGAAUUUCAUCUCAUUUGCUUACCGAUGUGCAUGUUUUGUAAAUAACUCCAUGAAAGUUCUGCUGAAUUACACUGAUGUACAACAAACAGGAAUGUCUCAAAUAUUGCAUUAUUUGUUUUAGCAGGGAUGUGUACCAGAAGCAACUGAUGCAUGUACAGUUGAAGUCAGAAGUUUACAUGCACUAAAAAUUAACCACUCCACAGAUUUAAUAUUAGCAAAAUAUAGUUUUGGCAAGUCGUUUAGGACAUCUACUUUGUGCAUGACACGAGUAAUUGUUCUAACAUUUGUUUAUAGACAGAUUGUUUCACUUUUAAUUGACUAUAUCACAAUUCCAGUGCAUCAGAAGUUUACAUACACUAAGUUAACUGUUCCUUUAAGUAACUUGGAAAAUUCCAGAAAAUUAUGUAAAGCCAUUAAACAAUUAGCUUCUGAUAGGAGGUGUGCCUGUGGAUGUACUCAGUAACUCUUUCAUGACAUCAUGGGAUAAUCAAAAGAAAUCAGCCAAGACAGAAAAAAUGUUGUCGACCUCCACAACAUUCAACAUUUUGCCUGAAGGUACCACGUUCAUCUAUACAAACAAUAGUAUGCAAGUAUAAACACCAUGGGAACACGCAGCCAUCAUACAGUUCAGGAAGGAGAUGCAUUCUGUCACCUAGAGAUAGACAAAUAUCUUACUUUUUGGAGAAAUGUCUUCUGGUCUAAUGAAACAAAAAGUGAACUGUCUGGCCAUAAUGACCAUCAUUAUGUUUAGAGGGAAAAGGGUGAGACAAAUGGGUCUUCCAAAUGGACAAUGUCCCCAAGCAUACAAAGUUGUGGCAAAAUGGCUUAAGGACAACAAAGUCAAGGUAUUGGAGUGGCCAUCACAAAGCCCUGACCUCAAUCCGAUAGAACAUUUGUGGGCAGAACUGAAAAAGCAUAUACGAGCAAGGAGGCUUACAAACCUGAAUCAGUUGCACCAGUUCUGUUUGGAAGAAUGGGCCAAACUUCCAGCAACUUAUUGUGAGAAGCUUGUGGAAGGCUAAAAUAUUUGACCCAAGUUAAACAGUUUAAAGGCAAUGCUACCAAAAAAUAACUAAUUGUAUGUAAACCUCUGACCCACUGGGAAUGUGAUCAAAUUAAUAAAAGCUAAAAUAUAUAAUUCUCUCUGCUGUUAUUCUGACAUUUCACAUUCUUAAAAUAAAGUAGUGAUCCUAACUGACAUAAGACAGGGAAUGUUUCCUAUGAUUAAAUGUCAGGAAUUGUUUAUUGUUUAAAUUGUUUAUUGAACCAGUUAAAACUGUAUUCAUUUAUUCUGAUCUUGUGAGUUAAAUGUUUAUGUCAUUAAUGCUUGAAAUUAAGUUUGUAAACAAUAUACGCUGCACAUACAUAUACAUUUCUAUAAAACUUUUUUCUUCUGGCUGAAAGGUUUUAGAGAUGUUUGUACUUUUAGCAUAAUUAUAUAUUCUCAUGAACAGAAUUUGUUUUAUUUGAGCAAUAUUUUGUUUGAUUACAAACUCGUAUAACAUUUUAAUUGAGAAAUAUUUUCAUUAUUCAAACACCAAGCAUUUGAUCCUGUGCAA